UAUUAACAAAUAAUGUGUAGGCUUGCGAUUCGUGCUUCAAUGAUGUGGCGGUAACAGUAUCUGCAUAUAGUAUCUGAUAAUACUUUAUAACAUUAUCAUGACUGCCGUAAAUUAUAACACAAUGAAAUACUUGUUAUAUUUUUUUGUAAUCAUUUAUUUAAAUUUUGGUUUCGCACAAGCCCAAAAUGAAUACCGUUAUGAUGACAAAUUACAAAUUACAGCAACUUCAAUGAAAAUUGAAGACUUAACAUCAACUCAACCUCAAGGAUCUCUUGGGCUCUUACAUGCCUUUGUAGCUUCCUUGUCUGUCAUUGUUGUUUCCGAAUUAGGAGAUAAAACUUUCUUUAUUGCUGCUAUUAUGGCAAUGAAGCAUCCUAGGUUGACUGUUUUUAUAGGAGCUAUAAGUGCUCUUGCUCUUAUGACUAUACUUUCAGUAAUAUUUGGAUAUGCGGCAACUAUAAUUCCACGUACAUAUACGUAUUAUAUUUCAACAGUACUUUUUGCUUUAUUUGGCUUAAAAAUGUUAAGAGAUGGAUAUUAUAUGUCACCAACAGGAGCACAAGAAGAACUUGAAGAAGUUCAAACAGAUUUACGUAAACGAGAAGAUGAGUAUGAAAAAGAAACAUCAACCACAUUAGUUCAGGAUCCAGAAAGUGGUAUUAUAAGAAAAACUACUAAGCGUUCUGCAUUAAUGGUACUUUCUCGAAUAUUUUUACAAGCAUUUACUCUCACCUUUUUGGCAGAAUGGGGUGACCGUUCACAGUUAACAACAAUCAUACUUGCAGCAAGAGAGGAUGUUUAUGGAGUUGUAUUUGGUGGCAUUCUUGGUCAUUCAUUUUGUACAGGCUUAGCUGUAUUAGGUGGACGUAUGAUUGCACAAAAAAUAUCUGUGCGAACAGUGACUAUUAUUGGAGGAUUGGUAUUUCUCCUUUUUGCUCUGACAGCUCUGUUUAUAAAUCCAACAGAAAAUACGUGAACAAAUCUACAAUGGUAUUCAAUUCAAUUGGAUUUAUUAAACUCUCUGUGGUAUAAUGUGUGAAUAUGUAUUAUAUACUUACAUAAUAUUUACAAAUCAUAGUAUUAUAAAUAUGUGAACUGUGGUGCACUGUACCAUAAAUGUAUUAUAAACAUUUAGUAUUUUUUAAUAGAUCACAGCAGGAGUAUUUAUAUCAAAAUUGUUUUAGGCAUUUUGCACAUAAUGUAGAUACACAUUGCACGUAGUGAUAAAUAACAGUAACUGUAUAUCUGUAUAAAGUACGUUUUUAAUAUGAAUUUAUGAAUUAAUAUGAAUUAUAGUAAUCAUAUUUUCUAUUAAUAAUGUGUUACCAGUAUAUAUAUAGUUCUUUUAUAUUCACGAAAGUAAUCUUCCUUGUAUACCAUAAAAAUUAAAUUUUAUUUUAUAUUAUUUUUCUGCAAGAUUUGUUUCAUAAUAUAUCGAUACAUAUAAUAAAAAAUUUUUACAAAAUAAUAGGUAUAUUUUUUACAUUGAACAACUUGAUAUAAAAAAACUUUUUAAUAAAUAAUAAUUUGUGGUGUUUAAUUUUCAAUGUAAACUUGUGUUAUCAUUGCAUUUUCUUUGUGAAUUGAUUAGAAUUCUUUAGUUCUUCUACAUAUGAAUCCUUGAUUGAUAUAUAUAUAUUUUUUUAAUUUGAGAUUAACAAAAAAAAAUUUUAGAAAUAAUUAAUACUUGUAUAGAUAAUAUGACACAAAGCAUACAUCAAUAAGAAUAUUAUAUAUCUGUAUAACAUUUUUAAAAGUAGAUGUGUAGAAAGAAUAUCUAGAAAUAAUAUUAUUAUAAGAAUAUAAAAAAUUUUAAUGAUAUGUAAAGACUAGAUUAUGUAAGAACAAAAUAGUGGAAAAAGAAAACUAAAAAGCUUGUUAACUAAAACAACGUAUACACAUAUAUGUGCAAACAAAUUUAAAUAUAUAUUUGUAUUUUUAAUACUGUUAUAAUUAUAUUUGUAUUUAUAAUACUGUUUGAAAUGUAAAAAUAAUUCUAUGCUUAUGAUAAAUAUAAAUGAAAUUAAUUAAGAAGAAUAGUUAUAAAGAAAUGAUUCAUGUCAAUGUUUUGAAACAUACUAUUUCUAAUAUUAUUAAAUGUAUAUUUAUUUUUCAUUAUAAUUCUUCUAGCAAUUUGUUUAAAUGAUUUGAAUAAAAUAUUAUUUUUUCUUCUACCAUCUA